AUGUCCAUCCUCGCUCGGGAUACCGCAGCCUUCAAAUCUACCCUCCAAGGCGUCGACACAAAAUCGUGGCACUCCGCUGGUCCGUCCUCCCAGACCGCGCCUGCGGACCAGGAUCACACUGGGAAGAAGAGGAAACGGCCCAAGUCAAGCAUGUCUUAUAUCGUAUACUCCCAACCAGCGGAUACUGGGACGGGGACGAACGUGAACACUCAAUUGCUGUAUGCAGUCAACCAUCUGAAAUCUGUCAAUGGACCCAUGCGAUUGCAAGACAUAGCCAUUGUCACGAAUACUCCCUUGGACGUGGACCAAGUUCUUCUUGAGAAAUUCAAGUCUCACGAGCGUGUCGAGUUUGACCCUAAGACGAACCUCUAUUCCUUCCGUCACGACUUCAACUUCCGAAACAAAGCUGCCCUUCUGACCGAGAUUCAACGGGCCACCCGACGCGGCGGGGGUCUUUCCGUUCGAUCACUAAAAGAGUCAUGGAAGGAAGCGCCAUCGGCUAUCGAGGAGCUUGAGAAUGAGGGGGAAGUGUUCGUGACAAGGACAUUGAAGGAUGGACAGAUGCGGAUGGUGUUCUGGAACGAGCUAUCUAACGCUGCCAUGACGGUACCAGAACUGAACCCGAGCAAAGAAUUCUACGACCUCUGGCAUUCACUGAAAGUGCCGAACGAGGUUGACCUCCUGAAGCAACUUCAAAAUGAGGGCUUGCAAGCCACAGCAGCCGAGGCACCUGUGGCCAAGGGACCAAUGGGCAAGAAGAAGGGACGGAAGUCUGGGCCAAGACAAAGACCAGUUCGGUUGACAAAUACCCAUUUGAAAGGACAAAUCGACUUAAGCAGGGACUAUGUUGCUGCUGGCAAGUAAUUCACGACGUCGACUGUCCGGCUUUGGAGCUGUUCAUACUGUACAUCCGUGAACGGCACUGCCUGUGAAUGUAGAUUAUGCAGCGAUGUAUGAUUUUCAUAGGCACCGUGUCUUAAUAUCAGUUGAUGGACUCU